CCUGGCUGACAUCUAGCCGGGUAGGCUGUGUACCUGGACUUCCUGGGACAUUGACUGGGGUUUGAGGAGAGACCUCUGAUCUACCUGGCCACAGGAUGAAUCUGGCCAUGGGCUGCUUGAUUUUGUGGCUCGGCCUGGGGGGUGGCCUGGCUCAGAGUGAUACCAGCCCUGACGCUGAGGAAUCCUAUUCAGACUGGGGCCUUCGGCACAUACGGGGCAGCUUUGAAUCUGUCAACAGCUACUUUGAUUCCUUUCUGGAACUGCUGGGAGGGAAGAAUGGAGUCUGUCAAUACCGGUGCCGAUAUGGAAAGGCACCAAUGCCCAGACCUGGCUACAAGCCUCAGGAGCCCAACGGCUGCAGCUCCUAUUUCCUGGGUCUCAAGGUACCAGAAAGUAUGGACUUGGGCAUUCCAGCAAUGACCAAGUGCUGCAACCAGCUGGACGUCUGCUAUGACACAUGUGGUGCCAACAAAUAUCGCUGUGAUGCAAAAUUCCGAUGGUGUCUCCACUCUAUCUGCUCUGACCUUAAGCGGAGUCUGGGCUUUGUCUCCAAAGUGGAAGUAGCCUGUGAUUCACUGGCUGAUACUGUGUUCAAUACUGUAUGGACCUUGGGCUGCAGACCCUUUAUGAACAGCCAACGGGCAGCCUGCAUCUGUGCAGAGGAUGAGAAAGAAGAGUUAUGAGGAAGAGGUGACUCAUUCCUGUUUUUGAGUGACAUCACAGCUGUCAGUCUCGGAGAUGGUAGUGGGGCAAAUGUGUCUCCUCCUUUCUUCCACAGUCUGGAUACCACAAAGCAGGAGAAAGGAAAUAUUGUCUAUGGCUGACAAAUGAGUCACAUCCUUCCAGGAGAAUUGGGAAAAAAAGACAUGGAAUGAUUUGAAGUCUAUUCUUCAUUGACCACCAAUCUCCCCAACAAAGACACAUUUCCCUGGAAAUUUGGUUCUGAGCUUAAAGCCUAGAACACAAGAAAACCCUGAGAUUCCUGGACCUGAUAAUUAUAUUCAUAAGUGAAAUUUUGGGGAGCCCAGUAAGUGGGAGGCAAUGACUCUCCUCUGGUCCACGUUUCAGUUGCCAGUAAGCAUUUGACAUUUAAUAAAGUGUACUUUCUAGAAAAUU